AUGGCUCCCGUGGUGGUGCUGGGCGCCGGCGGUCGCACGGGCGCCGAGUGCGUCAGCGUGCUGGAGCAGCGGGGCACCCCAGUGCGGGCGGUGGUGCGUGACCCAGCCAAGUAUCGCGACACGCUGGGCAACCGCAAGGGCGUGGAAGUGGUGGCAGGCGACGUGGGCGACAUGCAGUCGCUGCGCGAGGUGGUGCGGGGCGCCUCCAGCGUCAUCUAUGCCGCCAGCGGCAGCAGCUACUGGGCCGCAAAAGCCGUCGACCGCGAUGGGGUUGCCAAUGUGGCAGAGGCGGCCAAGGAGGCGGGCGGCAAGCAUGUGGUGCUGGUGUCAUCCUGCCUGGUCAGCCCCCACAACCGGUGGAACCCCAUCCGCCUCCUGCUGAACAGCGCUCGGUGGGGUUUGAUGGAUGCCAAGUACGAAGGGGAGGAGAGGCUGCGGCGCAGCGGCGUUCCUUACACGGUGGUGCGUCCGGGUGGGCUGGUGAACGAGCCGGCGGGGCAGGCGCAGCUGGUGGUGGCGCAGGGCGACAACCAGAGCGGCAGAGUGAGCCGAGCCGACGUGGCGGCGGUGUGCGUGGCGGCGCUUACGGACCCGGCGGCCAAGAACGUGACGCUAGAGCUCGUGAGCAAGCCCGCUGAGGCGCCGGCGCCGCUGGCGCAGCAGCUCAAGGGGCUGUUUGCCGGCCUGAAGCCGGAUGCGCCUGCAGCUUGA